GUGGCGGGUUGCCGUGCGAAACGACUGCAGAUCUUCGCUUCCGAUGUUCGCAGUCAAUCUCAGCUUAGAAACCGUUUAGAAAGACAUAGCUGGUUCAUUCUUGUACACCGCAAGCAAAGUGAAUGAUGGUGAAAGUGGGCUGGUAACGUAAUUUUGCAAUUAAGGGUGGAUGUGUCCGGGUACGGGUUUUCUUCCAUUCGAAGGGUUUUAAUGGUAGCUGUUACCUAACGCUAGAUUUUAUACCAGCAUUUUCUUUCAUGUCACGCUUCUAACGUUACUGUGGGGGAAGAACAUCGCCUUGCUACAAGCAACAUAACAGUCCUUGACUGUCACAUACAUCCGGAUUUCUGCUUUCUCAGUCCACAAAAAAUAUAUAAACUAUGGAUAGAGGGGAUCUUAUUCAGAAGGCCAAGCUGGCGGAGCAGGCUGAGCGCUACGACGACAUGGCAGAGAGCAUGAAGGGGGUUACAGAGAUGGGAGGCGAGCUGUCAAACGAGGAGAGGAACCUGCUGUCCGUCGCCUACAAAAACGUGGUUGGGGCGAGGCGGUCCGCAUGGAGGGUGAUGUCCAGUAUCGUAGUGAAGAACGACGCAGGGUGCGAGAAGAAGCAGCAGAUGGUAAAGGAGUAUCGGGAGAAGGUGGAGAAGGAGCUGAAGGAAAUCUGCAACAACGUUUUGAAACUGCUGGAUGAUUAUUUAAUUAAAAACUCCACAAGUCCCGAGAGCACAGUGUUCUAUCUAAAGAUGAAGGGGGACUACUAUAGAUACCUUGCCGAGGUUGCAACUGGAGAUGAGAAAACAAAGACCGUUGAAAGCUCGCAGCAAGCAUACCAGGAAGCGUCUGACAUCAGCAAUGAAAAGAUGGACUCCACACAUCCCAUCCGCUUGGGCUUGGCGCUUAACUUCUCCGUCUUCUUCUAUGAGAUCAAGAACUCCCCAGAAAAAGCCUGCGAAUUGGCUAAAAAGGCAUUCGAUGAUGCCAUUGCAGAGCUUGACCAGCUAAAUGAGGAGUCUUACAAAGACAGCACUCUCAUCAUGCAGCUCCUCAGAGACAACCUGACAUUAUGGACAUCAGACAACGCUGCUGAAGAGGGCGAUGGUGGAGAAGCAGGAGAGGGCGGCGAGAAUGAGAACUAAAACAAAAAAACAAAAAAAAUCAAGCCCUCAAUGUUGGGUCAUCUCCAAAAACAACAAAAGGAAAAAAAAACUUUUUACACACCUUUCAUUCCUUAUUGCUCCACUCAAACAUUCUCCCAAUGAAACUGAUUGCUGAAAAGAGUCGCGUAAGGAAAUGAGAAAAAAAAUAAAAUAAUUAUGCUUUUCACAAUGUAGAUUGGGACAACUAGUGAAAAGAAAAACCCUCCAUUCCUUUUGAUUUGUGUUCGUCCUGGCCUUCCCAUUUGUGCAGUUUCAGCUAUAGAGAAGUGAUUGAUAGCUUGACAUGAUAUCAGACUCCUAGCUCAAUGUAGAGGCAGAAAAAGUUAAGUCCCAUUGUUGAACAACUGGAAGCCUAAAAUCCCAUCAAUUGGGAACGUUUAGAUAUUUUUUUUUCUGAUAAGAAGUGUUGGAUUUAAAAUAAAUAAAUAGAUUUCCCCAUUCAUUUUCUCUUUUAGUGUCUGUCUCUACAGUUACUUGGUACGGUUACAGCAGCUGAAGUCAAACUUCAAACAGAUUCAAUUUUUCAUACUGCAGGGAAAGCUAGUGCACUUUACAUGCUGGCAACAAAUACUAUAAUUCAGCCAAGUAGUGCCAAUUGGUUAAAUCCUCACUUUCUGCCCUGGUUAUGAUGCCACUCUUUCACUGAAGCAUGCCUGUUUUGUGGGGGUUGGGAGGGGGUGGUGGGACUUGUCUGACCAAAUGCAGGGACCUCUUUUUUUUUUUUGUUUGUUUUUAAAUGGGAAGAAAAUGAUUCUGUCAUGCAUGUCUCUUGAGAUAUUACACUGGAAUGGGAACAAAUGCUGUAACACACAGAAGUCCAGGUGUCAAGUUUAGUAAUUUUCAAUGCAGGUUUGUACACAUCCUACAAGAGGAUGAUUUGUUAGUCUGUCCAGUGAUUGUCAUUAGAGAUUUGGACCACUAUUGUUUUGCUAUUCAUUCAAUUGUAGUCCCCAAAAGCCUUGUGGAACUGUUUGAAUCCCUAUGUAUCCGCUAUGUUAACAUGAAUAAAACAUUUUAUAAACCAA